AUGCUGACACCUGCUGUGUACUCUAACUGUCCACACGAAAUAAGAGUCACGCAGUCACGGCCCCAAAAGAGUUAUGAAUGGACGCCCCGAGCAAGCGCCGACGCCGAAAGUGAUGAAGACGCUCAUGUCAACACCUGGGCCUCUGUGAUGACAUCCUGUACGUGUGAAGAAGUGUUGUCUCGGGUGAUAUUAGAGUCCGAGGGAUCUUUGAAUGUUCUCGUUAUGGGACUUUUUUUGUGUGGGGUCCGACCGCGAAUGGAAAUGGAAAUUUGCAUAAUUGUGACGUCUUCGUUCAGGAAUGUGUCAAUUAUGAGCUGGCGACUCUUGUGGGAGGCCGAGGACACCCCACGACAAAUAGCAAGUAAUUCAGUGGCCGUCGAGUUGUUGCAGCGCCGCCCGCGAGCCCGCCCACGAGGCUGUCUUAGAGCCGAGGAGCCCCAGUCGCACCGCCGCCCACCCACAUCCGACGCCCUCUCACCCACGCCCACUCAACCCGCCCACUCAUCCACGCCCACUCCACCCGCCCUCUCACCCACGCCCACUCAACCCGCCCUCUUACCCACGCCCACUCAACCCGCCCUCUCACCCACGCCCGCUCAACCCGCCCUCUUACCUACGCCCACUCAGCCCGCCCUCACACCCACGCCCACUCCACCCGCCCUCUCACCCACGCCCACUCCACCCGCCCUCUCACCCACGCCCACUCCACCCGCACUCUCACCCACGCCCACUCCACCCGCCCUCUCACCCACGCCUCCCCCGCCAACGUGGGACGGCGAGGACGCUACAGGAGAUCACAGACUCCUUGGGUAUUAG